GCUCGAAUUGUUUUUUUUUUCCUGUUUUUCUUCAUUCCACAGCGACGGUUUGUUUCCAGCAGGAUGUUCCGAGGUUUAGGGACGUGGCUGGGUCUGGAGAACCUGACAUACACCAAGUCGUCGGAUGACAAAGAAGAGCUGAUAGUGGAGCAGGAAGAAAAGGUGGUGGAGGCUCAGAACGAGGUAAACAAACAGCAGCCAGUUGAGCAGGACGAAGAUCAAGAGGCGAACCAGGAAAACUCGGAGCAGGGCAAAGGACUGGGAGAUUACAUCUUCAGCUUCGCUUCCAGUGCCACCAAGAAGAUCUCAGAGUCUGUGGCAGAGACCGCUCAGACCAUCAAGAAGAGCGUGGAGGAGGGGAAAAUUGAUGUCAUCAUAGACAAGACCUUUUUAGGAGACUUCCAAAAGGAACAAGAGAAAUUUGUCCAAGAGAAGAAGGCAAAGAAAUCAGAAGCAGCAGUGCCUCCGUGGGUCGGCUACAAUGAGGAAGAGACGAUCCAGCAACAGAUUCUGGCGCUGUCGACUGACAAGAGGAACUUCUUGCGGGACCCACCAGCUGGUGUUCAGUUCCACUUCGACAUGGAACACAUGUAUCCUCUGGCUGCAGUGAUGCUGGAGGAAGAUCAGCUCCUCAACCGGAUGCGCUUUGACCUGGUUCUCAAACAUGUGAAGGAGGAGGUGUUUUGGAGGAAUUAUUUCUACCGGGUGUCUCUGAUCAAGCAGUCAGCUCAGCUCACAGCGCUGGCAGCCCAGCAGCAGCAACGGGACAGCGGCGACGGUGUUUCACCUAAGGACGUCGUCUUAACAGACAAUGUCAGACCAAAAACUCCACCGGUGUCCAUCAACGACUUACAGAAGCCACCUCAGGAAGAAGAGGAGGAGAUGUCAACCGGAGUGUCUGAGUUUGUGAGCGACGCUUUCGACUCGACGGCCAUCAACCAGGAGGACCUGAGGAAAGAGAUGGAGCAGCUGGUGCUGGAUAAGAAGGACAGCCCCCCUUCUCCUGACGAUGAGUCCGCAGACUGGGAGAAGGAACUGCAGCAAGAGCUUCAGGAGUAUGAGGUGGUGACUGAGACAGACAACAAAGACGACCAGUGGGAUCAAGAGAUUGAGAAGAUGCUUCAGGCUGAUGACAGCAAGAAAACUAGAAGAACACUGGGAGAGCGCAGACCUCCACCAAGGCUGAUAGUCAACCCGGUCUCAUGGGGAUUCGUGAAACUGUCACGUAAGUUUUAGUUUCGGUUUCGUGCGCACCAACACGAUUUCGUCAUGUUUUUCGUGCCGCUCACCACGAAAUGUUUUUCGCUGUGGUAAUCACAUCUGAAAGUGGUUUAUACCGGUGGAUUCAUGACGAUCUAAGCUGUCCAUCGGCGUAUACUGCUUGUGUG